CCUGGGACUUCAUUAUAAGGACAUUGCUGCUUUACUUGCAAGUCGUCACCGUCAUGUUGUGUCUGAAAGACAUUUAAAACGAAUUUUGAAGUCUUGUAGUUUGUUUCGGCGCAAGGGAUACGUCACUUUGGAUCACGUAGUUAAUUUCAUUCAUGAACAGUUACAAACAUCUGGCCAACUCUGUGGGUAUAGGUGGAUGUACACAAAAUGCAAGGAGAAUGGAUUACACGUCAAGAAAGAAGAGGUACGCUUAAUUCUAAAAGAACUUGACCCGAGGGGUGUUGAACUCAGAGCAAGGAGACGGCUCCAUCGCCGAAGCUAUUUUGCAAAAGGGCCCAAUUAUAUUUGGCACUUUGACUCUUAUGACAAACUGAAGCCAUUUGGUAUCUGUAUCAAUGGCUGCAUUGACGGGUUUUCCCGGAAAAUUAUCUGGAUGAAUGCAUUUACUACCAGCAGUGACCCAAAAAUCAUCGGAGGCUACUACAUAGAGGCAGUCCAGAGAUUGGGUGGUUGUCCAAGGAUUGUCAGAGGCGACCGGGGCACAGAGAAUGUUAAAGUCAGAGACUUUCAGCGUUUUCUUCGUCGCAACAUUCACGACGGCUCCGGCAUUGACAGCUACAUUGAAGGGGCAAGCACAGCAAAUCAGCGAAUAGAGAGUUGGUGGGGCUUCCUCAGAAGGGAAUCAAUGGAAUUCUACAUCUCUCUGUUUAAUGAUCUGAAGGACCGUGGCUUGUUCGAUGGUGCAUAUUUGGACAGAAGUCUAAUCCAGUUCUGCUUCAUGGGAAUCAUUCAGGACGAAUUAGAUGAGACCAUCCAUGUGUGGGAUUCACAUGUCAUCAGACCAUCGAAGAAUGACAGGGUACCCAGUGGUCGACCUCGAAUCAUGUACAUGUUCCCAGAACUCUACACAAGUGAUGACCGCAUUUCCCCAGUGGACAGAGCUGAUGUGCAGUUGUGUCAGAGUAACUGCACAUUUCGACCAGCAGUGCCAUGUGACCCAGACAUCUACAACAUCUGCAACAUUCUGAUGGUGGAGUCACAGCUGCAUCUUCCAGCUGAUGCUUAUCAAGCAUUUGAUUUGUACCUGCAUUUGAGGAAUGAGAUAAGAUCCGCUCUCUAAUUUGAGAUGGAACUACAUUUGUAUCCAUCUAAACUGAACACGUGAUCAGACAAUUCUUCUGCAGUCCACCAUGCUUUAUUCACCAAACAUUCUCAGUUGUAAAGUUUUCCCAGGAACUCUGUAGAAGCUAUAUUUGGAAUUUUGGAUUAUUUCUCCUUGGAAAAAGGAUUGAUCUGUCACUAUGUGCACACUGACUGUUACAGACAUUAAGAACAUUUGCAGCGAUAUUGUGCACACAGUUUUUCAAGGUACUUUGCAGUUUUGCCUGUCAUGGAUAACUUUUAGCAGUUCUUGUGUGGAUUUAGGCUGUCUCAGUUGUUUCUGUCUCUUGAAGCCUGUGUUUCUUUGAAUCAGUCUGGGAUUACCUCGGAUUUUUCAAAUGACAGAGUAUUAGCUCUUCUCAGUAAUUUGUGCUGGAAUUUGAGAUUUA